AUGAAACUGGCCGACAUUUCUCGUCUUUGGAUUUAUUAUUUAUUGCUUUUGUUUCCAUUAUGGAGUGUUGCAUUAGCACAGAUAGUUUAUUCUGUGACAGAAGAAUCAAACCCUGGGACCACUGUAGGGAAUUUAGCCAAAGACUUACACCUUGAUGGCCAGGAUUUGGAACUGAGAGGUUUACAAGUAUCAGGACCAAAUGCCAGGUAUUUGGAGGUCAAUUCUAAAACGGGAAUACUUGCGGUGACUGACAGGAUCGACCGAGAAGAGUUGUGCUCUCGCCGUAUGAAGUGCUCUUUGGAAGUGGAAGCCAUUGCAAACGCGCCGCUGAAUCUUUAUCGCUUUGAGGUGAAAAUUGUGGACAUAAACGACAACGCCCCGUAUUUCAAACUACCUGGCAUUGUUCUCAAUGUGUCCGAGUCGGCUUUUACUGGAGAAAGAUUCCCUUUACCUAAAGCAUUUGACUCAGAUGUCGGCAGUUAUUCAGUAAGAAGCUAUAAACUGAGCCAGAACGAGCAUUUCUCUUUGGAUGUGCAGAAUGCUGGUGAACAGUCCUUGUCUGCUGAAUUGGUGCUGCAAAAAGCUUUAGACCGCGAAAAACAGGCGGUGAUCAAGCUCACGUUAACAGCUCUGGAUGGAGGGAAACCUGCUAAAUCGGGGACGUUACAAGUAACAAUCGUUGUGCAGGAUGUAAAUGACAAUAUUCCAAUAUUCGACAACACUUUGUACAAAGCCACCGUGACCGAAAAUGCGCCGCGUGGCACAAGCAUUUUGUCAGUGCAUGCUCGUGAUUUAGAUGAGGGCCUUAAUGGAGAAAUUGUGUAUUCUUUUAUUAAUCACGAUGGCGAUAAUGAUAUUGACAAGUUUGCGAUUAAUUCAAUGACAGGGGAAAUUACAGUAAACGGUGAAUUGGAUCAUGAAAAGAGCAAUGCAGUUGAAAUCAGAGUACAAGCAAAGGACAGAGGCUUAAAUUCAAGAGCAUCACAUUGUAAAAUACUAGUCGAAAUCACCGACGUAAAUGAUAAUGCACCCAAAAUAUCAGUGACUUCAUUGGUCGACGUGGUGAGGGAGGAUGCGCCUCUUGACACAUUGGUGGGACUCUUGACAGUAAAAGACAAUGACACGGACAAAAACGGCAUUGUAAAUGUUCGAAUAAUUGAGCCUGUCCCGUUCAAAAUAAAAAAUACGUAUAAAAAUCACUAUACUCUGGUUGUCGAUGGAGCACUCGACAGAGAGCAGGUUUCUAAAUAUAACAUUACUAUAACUGCAUCUGAUGAAGGUGUUCCAUCGCUGUCCAGUACAACCGUAAUUACUGUACGGGUUUCUGAUAUCAAUGACAACGUGCCCCGCUUUGGAGAACCUGUGAUUCAUGUUUUUGUCAGAGAAAACAUUCCUGCUGGUGCAGUUAUCUAUACAGUGAGUGCAGAUGAUCCUGAUGUGGGAGAAAAUGCCAAAAUGUCUUUUUUAGUUAUCAAUAGUAAUAAUCGCAAAGAUGAUAUGGUGAGAUCAAAUAUUAACAUCAACUCACAGAGUGGAGAUAUAGUGGCUUUGCAGUCUUUUGACUAUGAGAAGUUAAAAACAUUUCAGUUUAAAGUUCAGGCCACAGACGCUGGUGUUCCUCCACUCAGCAGCAACGUGACGAUCAACAUUUUCAUUUUGGAUGAGAAUGACAAUAGUCCGACCAUUCUGGCACCCUAUUCUGAGCUCGGAUCAGUUAAUAGUGAGAGCAUCCCCUAUUCUGCUGAAGCUGGAUAUUUUGUGGCAAAGAUCAGAGCAGUAGAUGCAGACUCUGGAUACAAUGCACUUCUUUCCUAUCAUCUGUCUGAGCCCAAAGGCAACAACAACCUCUUCCGAAUUGGAACCAGUACUGGGGAGAUUCGGACCAAGAGGAGAAUGAGUGACAAUGACCUGAAAAGUCACCCAUUGGUGGUGCUGGUGUGUGAUAAUGGAGAACCUUCCCUGUCAGCAACUGUGUCGAUUGAUGUGAUAGUGCUAGAGAGCACAGCUGACAUCCACACUCAGUUCAGGCAUGUGCCUGUACAGGAAGAAAGCUUCUCCGAUUUACACUUGUAUCUGCUCAUCGCCAUUGUGGCCGUUUCGCUCAUCUUCCUGCUCAGCUUCAUCACUUUAAUAGUCUUCAAAUGCCACAGACACACAGAUGGAACUUUUGAUAGGUAUGGAGCACCAAUGAUCACCACCCACCCCGACGGCAGCUGGUCUUACUCUAAAGCUACGCAGCAGUAUGAUGUGUGUUUUAGCUCAGACACACUCAAGAGUGACAUGGUGGUUUUCCCCACACCCUUUCCGCCUGUAGAAGCAGAAUUGAUCAGUAUUAAUGGAGGAGAUACAUUUACAAGGACUCAGACUUUACCUAACACUGAGAAGUGCACAUACAUGAUCUUCCUCAUCGCUCAUGAGGAGCACUUCCUGUUUUUCUUCCCUCACAAGGGUGUGUCCUUUGUGCAAGAGAGGCAGACGUUGCUGUCAGCGGUUACCAUGGAGACUGCUCUCAGCCUCAAUAAAAUGAUAGACGUGGAAGGCUUUACGAGAGGGCAAAUUCACUACUCCAUUCCGGAGGAGCUGGAGAACGGCGCUCAGGUGGGUGAUAUUGCCCAUGAUUUGAAUCUGGACUUGAGGAAACUUGUCACCAGACGCAUGCACGUGACACCUGAGAGUGGAAGGAGUUAUUUCACCCUUAAUCACAAAAGUGGGAAGUUGGUGGUGAGUGACCGUAUAGAUCGAGAGAGUCUGUGCGAAGUGAAUGUCACGUGUUCACUCAACCUGGAGGUUAUUCUGGACAAUCCUCCGGAAGUGCACAACAUAGAAGUAGAUAUUUUGGACGUUAACGAUAAUGCACCAAGAUUCCAGCAUUUGGAGUAUCUCCUUGAAGUGCCCGAAUCUGCUGUCACCGGUUCGAAAUUCCACAUAGAGGCCGCUCAUGAUCCAGAUGACGGCUCCAAUUCGGUGAAGCAGUACCGCCUCAGCCCCAACCAGCAUCUAACCCUGGACUCUAUUAAGCCUUUCUCUAAUAACAAGCACAUUGAGCUUAUUCUCAAAAAGCGCUAUGACCGUGAACAGAUGCCAUCUGAUCAGCUCAUCCUGACAGCGGUGGAUGGAGGCACCCCACAGAGAAGUGGCACUGCCAAAAUCAAUGUACGCAUCCUUGAUGCUAAUGACAAUGUGCCUGCCUUUGACAACUCAGUGUAUAGAGUAAAAGUUUAUGAAAACUCACCUAAAGGGACACUCUUGAUUCAAUUAAAUGCUACAGAUCUCGAUGAGGGCUCCAAUGGUGAUGUUUUUUACUCAUUCAGCAAUUACACUCCAGAAAGGGUCAGACAGGUCUUUUCCUUGGAUACAGACACAGGCAAGAUAACAGUGAAGAACAUUAUAGACUAUGAGGAGACGACUGCAUACGAAAUUUACAUUCAAGCGAUGGACAAGGGGCCCGCUGCCGUGGCAGUGCACUGUAAAGUAGUGGUAGAAGUUUUGGACGUUAAUGACAACAUCCCUGAAAUUACCCUUUCUUCUCUCUCCACUCCUGUACGUGAGGACGCUCGUGUAGACACCGUUGUCGCUCUGAUCAGUGUCAUUGAUCAAGAUUCUGGACCUAACAAGCAAGUCACCCUUGAGCUUGUGCCGCCCUCUCCCUUUAAAAUUAAAUCCUUCCGCAACCACUAUACCAUCGUCACCUCUGCCUUCCUGGACCGUGAAACGGUCUCAUCCUACAAUAUAACAGUACGUGCUGUAGAUGGAGGCACCCUCCCUUUGUCGUCUCAAAUAGCCUUUGCAGUGGAUGUUGCCGAUGUAAACGAUAACCCUCCUCGAUUCGAACAGACGUCGUAUACUGUUUACAUUAGCGAGAACAAUGCACCCAGUUCACCCCUGUGUACCAUCAAAGCUACGGACGCUGAUUCAGCUGAAAAUGCACGCAUCACCUAUAGUGUCCUCAAUGACAACAAUCACGGCAUCCCUGUGGCAAGCUAUGUCAGCGUGAAACCCAACACAGGUGAGGCCUAUGCCCUACGAACCUUUGACUUUGAAAAGCUGAGAGAGUUUCACUUUCAGGUCAAAGCACAGGACAAUGGCAUGCUUCCACUAAGCCGCGUGGCCACAGUGUAUGUUUACAUUAUGGAUGAGAAUGACCACAAGCCAAGGAUAGUGUACCCACCUGCCAACGGGAGCCGCACCACAGAAACACUGCUGAAAAAUGCUGAGGCUGGAGUGUUGGUAACAAAAGUGGUAGCGUGGGAUGGAGACGCAGGACAGAAUGCUUGGCUUCUAUAUGCCUUGCAGCCAUCUACCAUAGCAUUUGACCUCUUUAAGGUGCACGAGCACACCGGUGAAAUCCGCACCACGAGGCGCGUCAUUGAAGAUAACUCGACCUCCUUUGCUUUGACUGUUUUGGUCCGUGAUAAUGGCCUGCCACCGCUCUCGUCCACUGCAAUUGUUCACGUGCAUGUGAUGGAGCUCACACCCAAGUUGACCCCUGACCCGAAGCGCAUCAUCAGGCCUGAAAGCCCCUUGAUGUUUUCCCAUGUCACUAUCUACCUCAUCAUCGCCUUGUGUGCCACCACUUUUGUGUUUUUGGUCACUGUCUGUGUGCUGGCCAUUGUGCGUUGCCAUGCCUACUGCACUCAGUCCGGUUCCUGUUCCCCUUGCUGUGUAUCCAAGACUACUGUACCUGCAGGGAACAGUGCAGCAGCUGGUAGUGCGGGUGGAGGGCGACCCGUAUCAGGUGGAGGCCAGAUGGGCGCCAAUGUGGCUCUACGCCGAGACCUUAAAGUAGAACCGCAUUAUAUUGAAGUGCGAGGUAAUGGUUCUGUGACGAAAACGUACUGUUACAAAACGUGCCUAACAGCAACUUCGGGAAGUGACACGUUCAUGUUCUACAACACUGGACGACCCCACAGUGGCACCUGGGGCUCAGGCUACGUCACGAGUCACAGUGGACACAGCCAGAUAAUUGUUCGGCGUCUCAGUAUGCCAGAUGCGACUGCUAUUCAGGUGUGUCCCAAGGCACCAAAUUCUGACUGGAGAUAUUCAGCCUCCCUGAGAGCAGGUGGUGUCAUGCAAAGUUCAGUGCAUAUGGAGGAGUCCUCAGUGAUGCAGGGAGCCCAGGGAGUUCUGGUUCAGAACUGGCCCACAGCAUCAAGUGCUGCUGAUGCUGAAGGGGGAGAGGUGUCCCCCCCAAUGGGAGCGGGAGUUGACAGCAACAGCUGGCACUUUCGCUACGGCCCGGGGGGUCCCGGUGCACCGCCGCAGCACCUGAAGGCCGGUGAGGUUCCUCCGGAGGCAUUUAUCAUCCCUGGCUCCCCUGCCAUAAUAUCCAUCAGACAAAACCAGGGAGGAGAGGACGACAAGAGCGACUUUAUUACCUUUGGAAAGAAAGAGGAGGCCAAAAAGAAGAAGAAAAAGAAGAAGGACAAGAAGGACAAAAAGGAUAAGGGCAAAGAUGAUGAUGAGUAA